GAAAUGCCGCCAAACGGUAAAAUUAUAACCUUUUUCCUGUUCAUUCGCCCAAUCUUUUUCACUUCUCUGUUCCUUCCUCUACUUUCUGUGUCACAAUUUACAAGCUUUGCACACCAGGAAUCCGAAGUGUAUAAUCAAUCAGAUCAUAGAUCAAUCCGUUGAUAUCAACGAAAGAGAGGAAUCGAGUUUUAAUAUAUUACAGAGACCAGACAUGACAGCGGAGUCCAAAUCCGGUGUGGUGAAGCUCAAGUCCAGUGGUCAAGAUGGUUCUUCGAAGGGGAAGGGUGAUUCAUCUUUGAAAGAAAAGAAUCUGAUUCGAAGCUCGAUCAAACAACAGCCUGCUGAUCCGAAGGUCAAAUCUGUUUCGACUGUGACAAUAAAAACUGAGGUAAAGUCAAAGACAACGCCAAGUUCAUCCAAGACGACCACAACUACAACUAAAGUGAAAGAGAAGAGAGAGAAGAAAGUUUAUUCUUUGCCUGGCCAAAAAUAUGAUCCUCCUGAAGAGAGAGAACCUCUGAGGAUAUUCUACGAGUCAUUAUCCAAACAAAUACCUGAAAGUGAGAUGGCAGAAUUUUGUACUUGAAGAAGUAACAGAGGAUUGGCAAAGGACGUGAACUUGAGGGCUUUUGCUAUCUCAACUCUUCCUCUCCAACAGUUUAUUCUGCAGUAGUUUGUCCUCUUCAAAUUCGUAGUUAUUCGGGUCAUCCCUUCCUCUAGAAACUAAAGAAGCUAGUUCCUAGAUUAGCACAGUAAAAGCAUCAUCUUGUUCAUCUGUUUCUUGUGUCAAUAAAAAAAGCUGAGGGUCCCUUUGUAUCAGUUCAUUCAGAUGUUCGGGGUCCUAGUUAGGUGAUCUCUAAAUUAGAUUCUGUUAUUUUGUUGUUUGCAUUGAUGACUUUUAAAGGAUGACAUAAUUUUAUUUAGGGAAGUACCAUUCAACAUUUCCCUAUAUUUUGUACAUUUUAUUAUGAAACAUUUCCCUAUAUUUUGUACAUUUUAUUAUGAAAUUCAAACACAUUUUCGUACGUCAAUGUGUAUUCUUCAUUUUGAAAAUACAAAAAGAUAUUUUUCACAACCUUCAGCAACAUCCAUGGCUUACUGUGGAUGAUCCAUCAUCCUCUAAUGCACAGACUUCAUAGUAGAAUGAUGUUGUUGGAUGAAAAGUCCUUAAUUGAAAUGGCUCGUGCUCUACUGAUUCAUAUGGAUGUUCCUAAAUUAUUUUUGAGUGCCCUUGUUCUUACUGCAUAUUCAUGCCUUCUUCAAUUCUUCAAGCGUAGGUUCCACGUACUGUUUCUUUUUUUUCAUAAUACAACUUUUUUUUUUUCUCCACACAAUUUUAGUUGUUUUAUUCUGUUUAUCAGCAAAAACAUGGUCAUAUUAAGUUAGAUCCAGAAGCUUUUAAGUGUAUUUUGUUUUUGGUUUUUGAUUUUAUUUUUUUGGGUUUCUUGUGACCACUUAUCUCCAUCUGAUCGUGUCUUUAUCACCUCCUUUCCUAUGUUUCCAAUCCUAAGUCUGUCACAUAAGCUCUUUCACAUCUUGGUUGGAGAUAGGCAAUGGAAGAAGAGAUUUCUGCCUUGAAGGAGAAUGGUGCUUGGGAUUUGGCUAGUCUCCCUCAGAUUCCUGAUGUCGUUAAGGUUUAAUUUUGAAAGUUAAUUGAAUG